AUGGAAACCGCAGCAAUCAAGGUAGAUAUCAAAGCAAGGGCUUUGCCUCACGCAUCUCCGUCGUCGUCAGGGUUCUUACACACGGUGGCUAUAGCUCAAACACGAGAAGUCGAAGAAUUUGCACUAGACGAGAGCGAUGGCUCUGUAUCGAGUCUCGGAUCUUACCCGGACGAUUCUUUUCGUGACCCUCUUCCCUUUAUCAAUCUCCAGAGUUUCAAACCAGACUACGUCUUCCAACGCGUCAACGACCAUCUCCACGACCGUGUCUUGUCUCGGCUAGUCACUGAUCAUAUUCUUAUCGCAUCCCAACGGGGAGACUUCCCACAAGGAGGAGUCUUGUUCAUGCCGGUCUUCGUCAAACUGACACAGAAAGUGUAUCUCGCCGUGCCUUCUUCUAUAUCGGCGUAUUCGGACCAAGAGAGCCAAGAAGUGGAAACAGAGGACUUGGAACCAGAGAGCUGCGCGAUAUGUUUGGAGAAAUUGUCGGAAUCAAAGACUAAUCCCAUCAGCAAGUUGCCUGGUUGUACACACGAGUUUCAUGAAACAUGUGUCAUCAAGUGGUUGGAUCGACAACACGACUCGUGCCCUCUCUGUCGAGAAUCUGUUGACGGCAACACGAGUCCAGCUAUGGAGAAUUAA